AUGAGGUCCAUUAAGUGCGUCAUAAUCGGUGAUGGUGCAGUAGGAAAAACGUCACUUCUAAUAUCAUAUACUACCAAUUCAUUCCCAACCGACUAUGUUCCAACGGUUUUUGAUAAUUAUUCUACCACAAUAGCUAUCCCUACCGCAAUUUCCAACGGCCCCUUAGAACUUGGAAAUGGUACCGGUAGGAGAGGAUCACUUUCCUCUGCCAGUUCUUCACCAAGUACAGAAAGAAAACUAUAUAAAAUCAAUUUAUGGGAUACUGCAGGACAGGAAGAUUACGAUCGUUUAAGACCGUUAUGUUACCCUCAAACUGAUAUUUUCUUAAUUUGUUUCUCGGUAAGUGAACAUGCCAGCUUUGCCAAUGUCACAGAAAAGUGGCUACCUGAACUAAAACAGACUUCUAAUAUUGAAAGUUCUUCCCUUUAUACUAAAGUAAGGAAAUAUCCCAUUUUACUGGUGGGUACCAAAAGCGAUCUAAGAGAUGAUUUGGAAACCCAGAAAAAGUUACAAGAAACAAACUCUGAUUAUGUAUCUCAAGAGGAAAUAGAUAAACUCGUACAAGAAUACGGGUUUAUGGGGUACACCGAAUGUUCUGCUGCUACACAAGCAGGCGUCCGAGAAGUUUUUGAGCAUGCAGUAAGAUACGCUAUUUAUGAGCCGGAAUCUACUAACCAAAAAUCAGCAAAUCAUACCCUGACUGAUGAACUAACGAGUGCAACAACCAACACCAACGGAGACAAGAAUAUUCAACAACAAAAACAGCAACCACAUCAUAAUAAUAGUACAGAUAGCACCCUUCCGAAUGAUAACCCACCACAUGAGAAGGAAGCGCUUAAUAUCAAGCCUACGAAAAAGGAACAUAAGGACAAAACUCACGAACAAUCAAAAACCAAAGGCACCAAGAUAGCUUCAAAGGCUCACUGCAGUAAACAAACUAAAUCGAAGAUGAAAAAUGAAAAGAAGAAAAAGAAAUCAAAGUGUGUGAUACUUUAA